AUGGAUGGAUUUUUCAUGCCAGCUAUUUUGAUUGAGGCCAUGCCCCAUGCUUCCAGAAGAGGCAACCUGGAGGCAACUCUCUCCUGGGAUCAGUGCAGCCUGCCUGCAGGAACCUUGAAAGCUGGGGAUGCUGCCUCCAAAUGCUUCAGCUCACAGCCCCCAGCUCUGCCCCUAUGUCAGGACAGCACUUCAUGGGACAGUUCCAGCUGGCUGCUGGACCGCAGCUCCACAGCCUCAGCGGGCAGCGAGCUCCCUGCCCGCACCAUCUACAGACCUUGGUGCUCACCGUACAGCUACCUCAUCUGCACCAAAGCAGCCUCUCAGCAGCACCUCUCCUCCAGUCCACUCAGUAGCACCUGGGAGUCUGAAGAUCCCAAAAACCUCUUGGAGGCCCUCGCCUCUUUGUCCUGCUCUUCAGAGGAGCUCCAGACCCCGGAGAGUGCCAGCAACAGGGUCAGUAUCACCACCGGAGACAUCCUUGCAGCUUCCUUGGAGCAGCAUGCGCCAAAGCACGGCUACAAGUGCAUGUCAUGCUGCCGCAUCUUCCCCACGCUGUGCUCAGUCAAGAACCAUGUCCAGCGCAGCUCCCAGGAGGGCUACAGCUGCAAGGUGUAUUACUACAAGCUCAAGGCCCUGUUGGAGAAGGAGCACAAUGUACAGGAGACCAAAACCCCUUUGGUGCCCGAGUAG